AUGCAGCCGCUGCGGCUCUUCCCCCAGCCCAGCCAUGCCUCGCGCACCAGCCCUGUCAGACACAGCAAACGCGUCAUCAGCGUCUCCUCCAUCGAGGACCAUAAGGAGAGCUCUGGGAGGCAGCCAGAUGCCAGCGCCAAGGACCUGGCUGAUCAGCUCAAGCUGGGGACCCUGGAGCACUCUGCAGUGCCACUGCUGAGCCGCUGCAUCUCCAUGCCAGUUGAUAUCUCAGGCCUCCAGAAGGGCCCUCGCUCAGACUUCGACAUGGCCUACGAGCGCGGCAGGAUCUCGGUGUCACUGCAGGAGGAGAGCACCGGCACCAUGGCCUCCUUCUCCCGGUCUGUCUCCCAGGAGCCCAAGGAGCGCAGGUCAGUGAUGGUGGAGGAGCAGCCACCCGGUACUUAUCACUUCAACUACUGCGAGGACGACUCAGCAGGCGGUGCCUGCCCCUUUGGGCCUUACCAGGGCCGCCAGACCAGCGCCAUCUUCGAGGCUGCCAAGCGGGAGCUGGUGAAGCUCAUGAAGAUCGAGGACCCCUCACUUCUCAACAACCGGGUGCUACUGCACCACGCCAAGGCCGGGACAGUCAUCGCCCGCCAGGGGGACCAGGACGUCAGCCUUCACUUCGUGCUGUGGGGCUGCCUACACAUCUACCAGCGCAUGAUCGACAAGGCGGAGGAUGUGUGCCUCUUCCUGACGCAGCCCGGCGAGAUGGUGGGCCAGCUGGCUGUGCUGACCGGGGAGCCUCUCAUUUUCACCGUUAAGGCCAACCGUGACUGCACCUUCCUCAAGAUCUCCAAGUCGGACUUCUACGAGUUGGUGUCCCCCUUCUCCUCCUCAUCCUGCGGGCAGGCUCUGCCCACCUCCCACCCCACUUCCAUCUAGACUAGUGGCCCUGCCCUGGGCCAGAUUGGGCCAGUGCCCCCUAGAGGGGAAAGGCACCAUGUCCCAUUCCCUAUCCCCAUAAACCAGCCAAUCCCCUGCCCUGGGGCUGGAUUGGAGAAGCCGCCCCCUAGAGGGGAAAGGCCCCAUGUCCUAGGCCUCUAAUCGUGCACCUGUUGCAUGGGCCUGGAU